GAUAUCGGGCAUUCCUAAUCCCUAGUCAGGAAUAUUAAGAUAUUUUGUACAUCUUGUAGAAAAGGAAGGGAUAUGAAUGUGGGAUUAAAAUUAGUUACAUGUUUUCGGUAUGAAGUUCAAAAACAUUUUUUGCGAAAUACGUGUAAAAUUGCGGUGGAGGUAGAGGCGAGCUUGGUUGCAAAAUUGGAAAAUGAGGAAUUGAAGCCGCGGCACCAUCCAGGCAUUGUGAAGUCUUCUAGAAUUGAGUUACCAAGUAAUUUACGCUAUGCCUUGGAAGGUGUUAUUGGCGAUCAUCCCGUGAAAACCAUUUUAAAGGACUGUAAGGAGCUUGAUCAAUAUAUUAAUGCCCGUCAUCCUCCAAUUGAGCAGCUUGAAUUGAACAGAAAGAUGAAGUCAUACAUAGAAGAAGUUGAUAGACGAAUGCCACCGGAACAACUGUCAUUACUAGGAGAAGAAGAGGGAGCCCAGUGGAGGAGAAAGCGAGAAAAGUUGAUCAAGCGAUUAAUAGCACAGCGCACAUAUGCUUGGAAGCCAAUUGAAUAUGGGUCAUAUGAAUCUUUAGUUUAUGCAAUUGGCCGAGGCGCGAAGGAGUACGGCGUACUUACAAAUAUUUUGAAUGAGUUGCAUGCACGUGAUGGCUCAUUCCAACCCAGAAGUUAUUUUGAUUUCGGAUCAGGUGUAGGCACUGGUAUGUGGGCAGCUAGCAAUUUGUGGAAAGACUCGAUUUUUGAAUACUACAAUGUGGAUAGUUCGCGGAGUAUGAACGACCUGUCUGAGCUAAUAUUACGCAAAGGAAAUCAAAACCAGCAAAUGGUGCUGCGCAACGUUUACUACAGACAGUUCCUACCUGCUAUAGAGACAAUGUAUGAUCUGGUUAUAUUAUCUUAUACCCUUUUUGAGCUACCGACCUCAUUAAGCCGGAAGGAUGUAUUAUUAAACUUAUGGAAGAAAUGUAGUGGCUAUUUGGUAAUUGUAGAAGAGGGUACUCGCCGUGGUAGUGAAUUAGUCAACGAAGCAAGAGAAUUCAUUUUGAGCUUGCAAAGCGAAAACCUUAAAGGUGAAGUUUUUGCUCCGUGCUCGCACAAUUUAACAUGCCCCCGGCUAUUUAAUAACGUUGAGCAUACACCGUGCAACUUCGAAGUCGGAUAUGCUCCUUUACGUUUGGGCGAUGUGAAUGAUGAGCGACAUACUACCCGCUAUUCCUAUAUCGUACUAAAAAAAGGCGAAAUUUCUGAUCCGACUCGCAAAUGGCCGAGACUUGUUCGACCAACAUUGUCUCGUUCUAAACACAUAAUUUGCCGUAUGUGUACCACGGAAGCCAAAUUGCAAGAGGUCAUCUUCACAAAAUCAAAACAUGGAAGCCAUGCAUAUCGAUGUGCCAAGGCGAGUGAUUGGGGUGACAGGUUACCAAUUAUCCUAGGUGACCAAAUACCAACAAUACGGAAGACCUUUAGAAGGAAAGAGAAAGGAAAUGCAAAUGAAAAGUGAGAUUAACGUAAAUAAAAUAAAAUAAAAAAGAAAAUUA